GAAUUGUGUGUAAUGGAUAGACGUGAAUGAAUUCUGUGAGAUUUCUGUUAUUACUUUUUUGCUUGGUAUGGAUUUGAGUUAGAUUAUGAUUCUGUGACGUCGUAUUGGAUAAGUCAAAGGUGAUUAGCGUAUUACUGAGAUGUUAAUUAUCUUUGAUGCUUGUGCUAGGGCACUAAACAAGACCAAAUCGACAUAUGAAUUUCAAUUGUGUUUUUCUUGAUUUUCCUAUUGUUGGGCAACUUCAGGUGUUAGCAUUGUGAGGGGAAACCAACAAGAGUUGGUCUUAAGGAAAUUUAUGAACCAUCAACUAAGAUAAAAACAUUUACUUUCGACUAGUAAUCAGCCUUUAUCAAUUACCGGAAGUUUAUUAUUUAAAUUAUCUGUCUAAUAAUCAGCCUGUUUAAGUUGAUAGCUUGCUAUGUUACCAUAUUUGCAUUUUAUGAUACUCUAGAAAUUCUACACCAUUGUUGUCCAACAUAUAUUUGGUAUUGGUAUCAUCUCAUAUCUUCUCUUAAUACAUAUAUGAUUUUUUUUUUUAAAUGGCACAACAUAUAUCCAUUUCAAAUAAAUACAAACUCAAAUAGAUGCUUCCAAAUCAUGCUGCAAAAGUUAUCCGUGGUCACUGCUAAUGCUAGGACAUACUAAUGAGUCCUAUACUUAAUAUAUCUUCUUUUAAAUUCUCCCUUACACCCUAACCAUCCACAUAGACACCCCCAAUCAACCGCCCUUCCUCCAAAUCUGUGAAAAAUGUGCAUUGAGAAGCCACCUGCAUUAGCUAGAGUUGCUGGUGGUUCUAGCUCUUCUUUCAUUUGCUGGGGAUACUUCUCCAAGGCUUUUGAAAUCCUCGUAGAUUGUGAUCCUCUUGCCUUCAUAUUUUUCCAUUUGGUGUUGCAAACCAUUAUUGCAGACUGUCUCAUUAUCGACUGCACUCUGAUCUUUUUCGGGGCAAGAAUGACUACACAUAAUGUGUUGGAUAUUGCUUUAAAUGAUAUACUUCGGGUGGUCACACCAUUACAAGAAGAUUGGAACAUACGAUUUGCAAUUAUUAACGACAUAAGAAGCAUUGUUGAAUCUGUGGAAAGCUUGAGAGGAGCAACUGUUGAGCCAUUUGGGUCAUUUGUAUCUAAUCUCUUCACCCGAUGGGGUGACUUGGAUAUUUCAAUUGAGCUAUCAAAUGGUUUGCAUAUUUCAUCUGCUGGGAAAAAACAAAAACAAACUUUAUUGGGGGAAGUUUUAAAAGCUUUGAGAAUGAAAGGUGGAGGGAGCAACUUGCAGUUCAUCCCCAAUGCACGAGUUCCCAUUUUAAAAUUUAGAAGCUACCGUCAGGGUGUAUCUUGUGAUAUUUCAAUUAAUAACCUGCCAGGCCAAAUGAAAUCCAAGAUUUUGCUUUGGAUGAACAAGAUAGAUGGCCGCUUUCAUGAUAUGGUUUUACUGGUCAAGGAAUGGGCCAAAGCACACAAAAUCAAUAACUCUAAAGCUGGAACUUUCAACUCCUAUUCCCUAAGUUUACUUGUUAUAUUUCAUUUUCAGACAUGUGUUCCUGCAAUCUUACCACCACUCAAAUAUAUAUACCCUGGCAACAUGGUUGAUGAUCUUAAAGGGGUUAGAGCUGAUGCUGAGAACCGUAUCACCGAAACAUGUAAUGCUAGUAUAAACCAGCACAUAUCAAACAAGGGAAGGUCAAUUAAUAAAAAGUCCGUGCGUGAUCUUUUUGUUGAAUUCUUAGGAAAGUAUGCUCAGAUGGAUUCAUGGGCGUCAAAUUUGGGAAUUUGCCCGUACACUGGACAAUGGGAGCAGAUAGAGAACAACACGAUUUGGUUACCCAAGACUUACGCUAUAUUUGUUGAGGAUCCCUUUGAGCAGCCGCAAAAUACUGCGAGAUCUGUCAGUGCAGGACAACUGAAGAAGAUAAGCGAGGCCUUUUCAAAAUCGUACUCCUUUUUUUCCUCGAACAAUCAUAAUCUGAAUUCACUUUUGACCAUGUUAGCGCCACCACAUGUAGUAAAAUCUAUCACAGGUAUUCAAAAUUACAACGGAAGUUACUUUCACCCAACUCAGCCAAAAGUACAGAGAGUUAUGCGCCCUCCACCGCAGUUACAACAUUUUCAAUAUGCCAGUCCAGGAACAAGCUCCAAGAGUUCAGCUUCAAAUGGACAUAUGCAGAUGCCCAGAGGAACAAACUUUAGCAUUCCAUCUUCAAAUGGACAUAUGCAGAUGCCUAGAGGAACAAACUUUAGCAUUCCAUCUUCAAAUGGGUAUAUUCAGAUGCCUAGAGGAACAAGCUUCAACAUCCCAUCUUCUUAUGGGCAUAUGCAAAUGCCUAGAGUAACAAGCUUCAACAUUCCACCUUCAAAUGGGCAUAUACAGAUGCCUAGAGGAAUAAGUAUCAGCAGUUCAUCUUCAAAUGGGCAUAUACAGAACCCUAGAGAAACUAAGAAGCCCAGAGAAACCAACUUCAACAGUGCAUCUUCAAAUGGACAUGUACCGGUGAAUAAAGGCCAGCAGAUGUGGAGGCCAAAGAGUUAAAGUGGAUCUUUACAUAUCAUUCAAAUGUUCAGCUUUGAACAGGUUUUGACUAUUGUCUCGGUGUACUUGUUUAUACAAGUGUUUGGAAGAAUAGGGUUACGGUUUUUUUGCGCCCAUGGGGAUCAAAAUUAAACGUGUAGAUAUUGUUACAUGAAGUUUUGGUGGGCAUCAUAUUGACAUUUAUACACCUCUUAUGUACUUGUUGUAAAGCACAACUUUACAUAUGAACCAUGAACUGUUUUGCUAGUUUACCAUGUUGCA